CCGUUUCGCCGUUUAACCAAGGAUUUAAAUCCUUGCCAUGCCACUUUACUCUAUAUUUCUUCCCUCUCUCCCACUACUCUCCUCCUGCUCCUGCUCCUGCCCAUCAUCAGCCGCACCUACAUCCGCUUCUUAUUCUUCGCACUCCAUCAUUAAUGCCUCCUAGGGUUUCAAAUAUCUAAAUUCUUUCUCGCUGCUUUACCGGCAAUCCCUCCGCCCUUACCUCUAUCUCUAGCUUCAACUUUUAACUUUGUCUGUUUGCGGUUUUUAAGUUGAAAAAUUGUAGGGAUUCUCUUCUUUCUCAUUAAUGUGAGUUUCUGUUGGAGAUCAAGGAGUGCUGUAUCAGUGAGUAUUCCAUCUUUCUUUCUUUUUCUUGGAGGAUUUUUUUUUUCCCAAAACGAAAGUAAAGAAAGAGAGAGAAACUGAAACAAACAGUUGAAAGAGCAGAGUGGGUUCGUGUGGAUUUUGUUUGUUUUCUACCUUUGCUCCAAAACAGUGAACGCAUUGUCUUUUCGAGUCUCUCUCUACCUGGGAUUGUUAGGCCUGCUAGAAACUUUGAUCUUCAAUCAUUUGCAAUUUUUUUAACCCUUUAUUUUUGAAGUUCUGUUUCGUGUCAUCUUACUGCCGGGCUGCUGCUACUGCUGCUUCAGUGACCCACCAUCUUCAGCUUCUAGCAUUUGUUUGUACGGACACAAACUUAGUGCUCUCUCUCUCUCUCUCUCUCUCUCUCUCUCUCUCUCGUUUAUCCCAGAAGUUAGAAAGUACAAAAUGAAAAUAAAAAUCUCUUCUUUCACCCAUUGUUAGUUGUAACCUCCGAUACAUUUUUGCAAGGGAAGUUUCCUUUUUCUUGGUUGCGAUUCUUUCGAUACAACAGGCGUUUCUUGCCAUCAUGGGUUGUCCAAAUGCCUUUGCUUUUGUAUGCCAUCGCUUUGGCGUUUUUCCUUCAAGUGUUAUAUGCGCUUAUUUGAAUUCUUUCAUGGAGUCCUUGCAUUUUUGACAGAGCAUUUUAUUGGGAAAUUUUGAAUUUGAAAUUGAAGAUGCUAUUCGACCUCUGCCUUUUUCUUCUUUUAGUUCCUGUUUUUUCUAAGUCUUUGGACCCAACAUUCAACGAUGAUGUUCUUGGGUUGAUAGUCUUCAAGGCCGGUCUUCAAGACCCAGAGUCUAAACUUGCGUCAUGGAAUGAAGAGGAUGAGAAUCCCUGCAACUGGGUCGGUGUCAAGUGCGACCCCAAAACCCAACGGGUUACGGAGCUGGUUCUUGAUGGCUUCUCUCUUUCUGGGCACAUUGGCCACGGUCUUCUACGGCUGCAGUUUCUCCAGAUUCUGUCACUAUCAAACAACAACUUCACUGGCACCAUAAACCCUGAUCUUUCUCAGCUUGGGGUUUUACAAGUCGUCGACUUGAGUCAGAACAAUCUCUCUGGGUUUAUCCCUGAUGGAUUUUUUAAGCAAUGUGAAUCCUUGAGAUCGGUUUCAUUUGCUACGAAUAAGCUUACUGGGCAAAUUCCUGAAUCUUUGAGCUGGUGCACGUCAUUGGCAGCAGUUAAUUUCUCAUCUAAUCAGCUUUCUGGUGAAUUACCAUCUGGAUUAUGGUUUUUGAGGGGGCUUCAAUCCCUUGAUUUAUCUGAUAAUUUGCUGGGGGGAGAGAUUCCAGAAGGGAUCACAAAUUUAUAUGAUUUGACGGCCAUUAAUUUGCAGAAUAACAGAUUCUCUGGACAGCUUCCAGUGGAUAUUGGAGGUUGUUUGCUUUUGAAAAUGCUUGAUUUUAGUGAGAAUUCUCUGUCUGGAGUCCUUCCUGAGUCAUUGCGGAGACUUAGGUCGUGCACUUCUCUUAGAUUGCGAGGAAAUUCAUUUGCAGGAGAAAUUCCUAGUUGGAUUGGCGAAUUAAAAAAUCUCGAGAGUUUGGAUCUUUCUACCAAUGAAUUUGUUGGUCGGAUUCCAUCUUCAAUAGGAAAUCUUACUCUAUUGAAGGAAUUAAGUCUAUCCAGGAACCGUAUUACAGGAGGGUUGCCACAGUCGAUGGCAUAUUGUCUUAACCUUCUGGUUCUAGAUGUUAGCCAGAAUGAAUUGACAGGAAAUCUUCCAUCGUGGAUUUUCAAGAUGGGCUUAAAAAGUAUCUCACUUUCUGGGAACGGACUCAGUAAGAGUAUGCAAUAUCCUUCAGUUACCUCAGUGGCAGCCUCUCUUCAAGGUCUUAAGGUCUUGGACCUAUCUUCAAAUGACCUAUCUGGUGAAAUUCCAUCUGAUAUUGGGGUUCUUAGCAGCUUGCUGUUCUUGAAUAUAUCCAGAAACCGACUCUUUGGUUCUAUCCCAUCUAGCAUAGGAGAUUUGAAGAUGACCCAAGUUCUUGAUUUAAGUGAUAAUAAGCUAAAUGGAAGAAUUCCUUCUGAAAUUGGAGGAGUGGUUUCACUUGUGGAACUGAUAUUGGAAAAGAACUGCAUAACUGGGAAUAUUCCAACUCAAAUAAAAAACUGCUCAUCUCUUGCAUCUUUAAUGCUAUCUCAGAACAACCUCACUGGUCCAGUGCCUGCAGCCAUUGCAAACUUAAGCAACCUCCAAUAUGUGGACUUAUCAUUCAAUAACCUCUCUGGAAGCUUGCCAAAGGAGCUGACAAAUCUUUCCUACCUUGUGUCGUUUAAUGUUUCUCAUAACAAACUACAAGGUGAGCUACCAGUUGGGGGUUUCUUCAACACCAUUUCCUCCUCAGCUGUCUCAGGAAAUCCAGCCCUAUGUGGUUCUGUUGUCAACCGCUCCUGCCCUUCUGUCCAUCCAAAGCCCAUUGUUCUAAACCCCAACUCAUCUGCCUCUUCCAAUGGCUCCUCUUUAAGUCACAAUCACCAGAAAAUUGCUUUCAGCAUCUCUGCCUUCAUUGCUAUUGGUGCAGCUGCUUUCAUUGCCCUUGGUGUGGUAGCUGUGUCUCUCCUCAACAUUCAUGUACGAUCUUCCAUGACACGAACUCCCGUUGCACUCACUUUAUCAGGUGGGGAAGAUUUCAGUUGUUCCCCAACUAAUGAUCCAAACUAUGGCAAACUUGUAAUGUUUUCGGGCGAUGCCGAUUUUGUUGCUGGUGCCCAUGCAUUACUCAACAAGGACUGCGAACUUGGUCGUGGUGGAUUUGGAGUUGUUUACCGAACAAUACUUCGAGAUGGGCGUUCAGUUGCCAUAAAGAAACUAACAGUUUCAAGUUUGAUAAAGUCCCAAGAUGAAUUUGAGCGAGAAGUGAAGAGACUUGGAAAGAUCAGGCACCAUAAUCUUGUGGCACUGGAAGGUUAUUACUGGACUUCAUCCUUGCAGCUCCUUAUUUAUGAAUACAUAUCCAGUGGGAGUUUGUAUAAGCAUCUCCAUGAUGGACACAACAAGAACUGCCUAUCCUGGCGACAGAGAUUCAACAUAAUUGUGGGGAUGGCAAAAGGUUUGGCGCAUUUGCAUCAUAUGAACAUAAUUCACUACAAUCUAAAAUCAAACAAUAUUCUGAUAGAUGAUUUUGGUGAGCCAAAGGUUGGAGACUUUGGCCUGGCAAGGCUGUUGCCAAUGUUAGACCGUUGUAUCCUAAGCAGCAAAAUCCAGAGUGCAUUAGGCUAUAUGGCUCCCGAGUUUGCUUGUCAAACUGUGAAGAUAACUGAGAAAUGUGAUGUUUAUGGGUUUGGAAUCUUAGUUUUGGAGGUGGUGACAGGUAAGAGACCAGUGGAAUAUAUGGAGGAUGAUGUGGUGGUGCUCUGUGAUAUGGUGAGAGGAGCUCUAGAGGAUGGCAGGGUGGAGGAGUGUUUUGAUGGAAGGCUUCGGGGGAAUUUUCCUGAGGAUGAGGCAAUUCCAGUGAUAAAACUUGGUUUAAUAUGUGCAUCUCAAGUGCCAUCAAAUAGGCCAGACAUGGAGGAAGUGGUCAAUAUUUUAGAGCUGAUCCAAUGUCCUGCGGAGGGCCAAGAGGAGUUGGAGUGAGUUGAUCCUGUAGAGUUCAAGAAAGAUACAAAAGUAUACGUGUACCCCGGCGAAGAAGAAUCCGUUUUUGAUAAAUUGUUGAAUUUCCUUUUUGUUUUUUCCUCAAAUACUUAUUUGUUAUUGUAAUUUUGUUUGUAUGUUUUUUUCAUUUUUUGGUUGAGGGACGAGGAGGGUGUAUUCUCUUAUUCUGCUUUUAUAACAGUUCCAUUACCGGAUUCUUUUUCACCGGCCGAA